CAACAUCUACACUAAGCCUAAGGUUUAAUCUCACUUCUUCUUCAAACACAAUUCCAUCAAUUUUCUUCUAAUUAACAAGCAGAGACAUGGGCAUCACCACCGUUACCGAGGAGAUCUCCGCCUCCAUCCCUCCAUCUAGGAUGUUCAAGGCUCUGAUCCUUGACUCCCACAUCCUCAUCCCCAAGCUAGUGCCUCAGUCCUUCAAGAACAUUGAGUUUCUCCACGGUGAUGGAGAAGUUGGCACCAUCAAGCAGACCAACUUCGCUGAAGGGAGUCACUUUAAGUUCAUGAAGCACAAGAUUGAAGCCCUUGACGUGGACAACUUCUACUGCAAAUACUCCUUGAUCGAAGGCGAUGUGUUGGGUGAUACCUUGGAGUCAAUUACUUAUGAGGUUAAGUUUGAGGCUGCAGGUGCAGGGAGUGUGUGCAAGAUGUCUAGCCACUACCACACAAAGGGUGACCUUGUCUUUAAGGAAGAGGAGAUCAAGGCUGGCAAGGACAAGGCUGCCGGCAUGUACAAGCUUGUCGAGGAAUACCUCGUUGCCAACCCCGAUGUCUAUGCUUAAAUUUAUCAUCCAUGGAUUCUUAUCUUCGUGUCAUUCAUAUGUGUGAUGCAAAUUGUUAGCUAUAAUAAAAUCUCCCCAACCCCAACUAUAUAUGGGUAGCAGAAGAACUUUUGAUUCGGGUUAUAGGUUUUUUUCCUUCUUUUCUUGUAUUGCAAUUUUUAAAAUAAGAGAAAGAAUUUGGG